AUGUCCAAACGGCAACACUUUACAAUACUACCCAGGCAAAAUAAUCAAUCCAAACGACCAUGUAUUGAUGCACCAAAACUUAGUUUCAAAAGGUUGCCAAAUCUCAGAGAUCAAACUAAAUUGAAAUUUAUAAAUUCUCAGCCUUCACAACAACAACCCCAAAAUGAUCAAUUAUUAACCCCCUUAACUAACGACAAUGAAGAUUACUUGAGUGAAUCAGAAGAAGAAGAAGAUUAUGAGAAUAUAGCUUCAUUAGAUCAACUUACUUCGGAAUAUUUAAAACGAAAUUACGUAUAUGUUUUAAUAAGUCAUACUUCUCAGGUAUUCAAACAAAUCAAAUUCAUUGAUAUACCAAACAUGAGUAUUGGUCCAUAUAAAUUAAUAAAUCGAAUUAAUGAGCAAAUUUUUGAUGUUGAAGUUGGAUUAAGUACAGAUUAUGAUACAAAAUUUAAUAUCACAGAAUUAACUUAUUUUGGACAGGAGAUAUAUCAACCUGAUCCAAGAAAUAUAAAACAUUUCAUCUUGUCAAAUUCAAUUGAAAGUAUUCUCGGUGCAAACGUGAAUUAG